AUGUGUUGCGGUUUCUCCCCAGAAGCUAAGAAAGAAGAAGACUGGUAUUGUGGUUCCCUGCCAAGACGACUAUCAUCUUCUUGCAGGACUACAAGAGGAUGGAGCGUACCGGCCUGGGGGAGGUGGCUGGCUCAAUCACCGUCCAUCUUGGGAGUGAAAGCUACCCCGACCCUGGUUGCCAAUCAUCCGGUGAAAUGCAGACUCUCAGCCCAAAGGCGACUUAGCGCUCUCAGCUCGGCUUCAACAUCGUGUGUAAGAGUCGCAAAUAAGCAGUUUGAAGAAAAUAGCUCGUAA